UGUCAUUCCUUGUUUCAGUACAUUAGUAGCAAAACGCUUGUUUCACGCGCGUUGUUCAAUCGUAGUAAUCGCAAUUAAUCAAUCGAAAAAUAGAGCGCAUUGCACAAUCUUCGUAAAGAAUCUCACAAGCAAACACUUCAUCUAAACCCAAAAGAUGUUCAUCUUGUCCGCUACCCGCAUGGCUACAGUCGCACGGAGCUUGGCCCUGACUGGUCCAAAGGCCUACAUUCGACCGUUCAGCUCCGGCACUUUCAUCAUUUCCGGGAAAAUGGAUCGUGCCGUAAACCCAACUCUUUUGCCGCCUAUUCGGACGAUUAACACAACUACGGUGCUUCGUGACAUCGAUUCUGCUGCCAAAUUCAUCGGUGCGGGUGCAGCGACAGUUGGUGUUGCAGGUUCCGGCGCCGGUAUCGGGACCGUGUUCGGAUCGCUGAUCAUGGGCUACGCAAGAAACCCAUCCCUGAAGCAGCAGUUGUUCUCGUACGCAAUCUUGGGCUUUGCCCUGUCUGAGGCCAUGGGAUUGUUCUGCCUCAUGAUGGCGUUCCUGUUGCUCUUUGCGUUCUAGAAGUCUACAGAAGACACACCGUAAAAUAUCUGAGAGUACAUAUUACGGUCAAUUAUGUAGCUAGCGGAGUACAAUAAAAUGCAAGAGCAAAUAGAAAACU